AUGGUGACAUCGCUCACCAUCGGAUCGUGGAACGUAUGUACCCUCAUGGACAUUCCCAACGCAGAGAGACCAGCAAGACGCACUGCACUUGUCGCACUGGAAUUAGGACGAUACAGUGUGGAUGUUACUGCACUGUCUGAAACACGGAUUGCUGCGGAGGGACAACUAAUCGAGUAUAACGCUGGCUACACCUUCUUUUGGAAUGGUCAAAAAGUCGAUGAGCGACGUGAAGCUGGAGUGGGCUUUGCAAUAAGGACCAAGCUUGUUCGUAACCUAACCGGCCAACCCAAAGGCAUCAAUGACAGGCUCGUGACAAUACGUCUUCCUGUUGGGAUGAACAAGCACGCUACACUCAUCAGCUGCUAUGCCCCGACGAUGACCAACCCAGAAGAAAUUAAAGACAAGUUCUACCAAGAGUUAGAUGCCCUUACUUCCAGAGAUGCCAUGCUGUUCAUACUGGGUGACUUCAAUGCUAGAGUUGGUAUGGAUUGCCAUUCAUGGGAAGGAGCAAUUGGUAGAAACGGCGUAGGCAAGUGCAACAGCAAUGGUGUCUUGCUUCUCAGGACCUGCAUCUCGCAUGACCUUCUUAUCACGAACACCAUCUUCCGACAAGCCAAUCGCAAUAAAACUGCCUGGAUGGACCCAAGGUCCGAGCAUUGGAACAUGAUCGACUACAUCAUCACAAGGAAGACAAGCAGACAGGAUGUGAAAAUAACCAAGACCAUUAGUGGUGUUGAGUGCUGGACAGAUCACAGACUCGUUAUUUCCAAACUGAGCCCCAUGUAA